AUGGCUACCGUCGCAUCCCGCACUGUCCCCACCACGGCAAUUCGUCGCGCACAAUAUCAAUCCCAAACAUCGACCGGUUCGGUAUCUCUCAAUCGCAGCUCGUCAGUUGCAGAAUCAAGCACACCUAAUGACGGCAAUGUUUCUUCAACGCUCUUAUCUGCUAAUCCAUUAGUAACAAUUACAUAUUCGACAAUUUUAUUAACCACCGAAAAUCAACAAGUGCUUGUCAACAGUUAUUCGACUUGCCGUCGAUUAUUGGAUCAUAUGAAAUCAAUUAUUGGUUCGCCACAAGAUGAGGUAGUCGAUUUGAUGGACAAUGACGGCAAAUUGAAAGAAUUGAACGCACAUGCAAACGAAUAUGCAGUUCAAUAUCUUCCAGCAAGAAAUAACUAUUAUGCGCUGAAAGUUGAAGUCGACAGUACAACAGGCGACAAACGUUACACCCCAAACUUCAAUAUCGAUCAAAUUGAUCAGAAAAUUUGUACAGUAUUAACAAAUUCUUUGAAUUCAUUGAAUAAAUCUUCGACGAAGAUCAAACGUUCGACUGGACCGUCGAAAUUGAAUACAUCAGGUGCAUCGUCAUCUAGUACAUCGCAAGCAAAAACCAAACGAGCGUCCAGUCGCAAAUAG